AUGUACAAAAAAAUAGAAUAUGGUAAAAUUAUAGAAGCUGAAACGCAAUUGACAGUUAUUCAAGACCAGAGAUUAAGUGUAAAAUUAGCUGACGGUCAUGAAUAUUAUGUUGAUAAUAUUAAAGAUCUAAUAGUAUAUCAGGGCAAGGGUAGACCAGCUACUAAACGUUUGAAAGCUUUCAAUGAAGAAAAUAGCAAAGCAGAUUCUAGCAAGAUGCAUCAGAAUAUCAGAGAGAAAAGAAAUGAUGUAGCAGGUAUAUGUAAAUGCCGUUUAUGUCAUGAAAUAAGACAUUAUGCGUCUAAAUGUCCCAAUACAUAG